CCCCCCCCGUACGACUGCCUACUACUGCUUCGGUUCAGACAACAGGACAUUCGCUCACUCAAGUUCUGAUUUGGCUUUCCGGCCACAAUUUCCGGCCAGCUUGAACGAUUUUGGGGGUGGUGGGUGGAUGUAGUGGCGACCUCGAUUGAACUUGUGUCGGCUUUGACUGGCUCCUUGAUUUCGCGAUCGCCAUUCCACUGCCGAUUUCCUUGCUGACCGCAUCUUGAUUCGCAGGACAAUUGGCUUGUCGCCCACUUCGCCCGCCCGCUUGGACUCCCCAAACCUUGCGACCUCGCGUUCCCCCCAAGAACUGGCACGACUGGCCCAAGCCAAAGUCUGCCGGCCCCUGCCCUGCCCCUACCUGCACCAGAGUAUAUGAGGCGCUCGCGCCGUCCCAGCUCUGUCGACGUCACUUCUGCAACGGCUGACGUUGUUCAUACACCACCACUUGUUGCUUCAUCAUACAUCCCGUCAAUAUGGCGAGCGCCGCAGUUGCAUCACAACCAUCACAACAACACCUUGGGGCUGGCCCUACUUCGCGGACAUCGUCGCCUAUGGACAAUAAAAAAUCUCUUUCGCAUCAACAAGACUCGUCAGCCAAAUCCUCACCGUCGCAAACCAAGUCGUCGUUACCCGACCCCAAAGCCGCCGCUUCGCUAGACGAAGAUUCUAAGCCUGUCGUUCAAGUCACCGAGCCUCUUGCUCCGCCACCUCGCCCUGCGCCCACAAACGCGGCCGAGACUCCUGACUAUUUUUCAUCUCUACACACCAAUACCGGCACCAUUGGUCAAGAGUUUAAUCCCUUCGAACAGUCGUUCGGAGUGCCUUCGACAGAAACCCCUGGGAAGAAUUUGUUGCCACCUGUCGCUUCUCUGACGUCGCCCGCUAUUCCUGGCGCCGCCUCGAGCGGUGGUUACAACUGGCAGAGUUCACUUCGCUCCGGGCCUUUGAGCCCUGCCAUGUUGACUGGUCCCCAACAAGGUGACUAUUUUGAUAGCAUUGGUCGCGGAUUCCCCACGCCCAACGAAUCUUCACUGCGUACUGGUCUGACUCCAGGCGGUGGAGGGUCUAUGUUCCCUGCCCCCAGUCCUAACUCCCAAGCACUAUUCAACUCACUCGCAAGUGGUGGCGCCACACCUGGUACACUUGAGUUUCACCGCACUGCAAUGAAUGCGGCCGCGAGGAAUAAAAGUAAUCAAUUUGGUAUCACUUCCAAUCCACAAGACCCAGCUCCCACCUCUAAUAACACCAACAUGGACGCUCAACACGAUGCUACUGACGCUGCCAACGGUCUUUUCAUGCUCGCCAAGGGUGGACAGAAUAACCAAUUCGCCGCCCCCAACCCUUCUCAGCCUUCUCGUGCUGGCCAAGACCAAAAACGGGCUAAUGGCAACACAUCUGGCGGUGAUGGAGACAGCGUCAACAGCCUUGAUGACAGCAACCGCGCCAACCCUCGCGGACGUGGGAAGAAGGGUGUCAAAGCUGAAGCCCCGGCCAAGAAUUCGAGGAAAUCCGAGGCAUCUCAAAAAGGCAGUAAUAAACGUGCCAAAGGCAACUCAGGAUCGGCAAAUGUCGAUCCCGCUCUUGGUCCUCAUGACGAGGACGACGAGGACAGUGAAGCAGAAGAUGACGAAGAGAACAACAUCGGCGCCAACGGCAAGAAGAUGACUGAUGAAGAAAAGCGGAGAAAUUUCCUCGAGCGAAAUCGGGUUGCCGCUUUGAAAUGCCGGCAGAGGAAGAAGCAGUGGCUGGCGAAUCUUCAGGCCAAGGUCGAGAUGUAUUCAGCAGAGAACGACAAUCUCAAUACUCAGGUUGCUCAGCUUCACGAUGAGAUUCGAAAUCUUCGCACACUUCUCAUGGGUCACAAAGAUUGCCCUGUUGGACAUGCCCAGGGUAUAGGCCAGUUCCUCAACGGCAUGCAAGAUCCCAACGGCUAUCCGGCCCAGCACGUGAACCCGUACGGAAUGCCUAUGCCUGGCGGACCGCAGAUGCAAGCUGCGAUGCAACGCUCAUGAAGGACAAACUGUUCCGGACGGCAUCUAAACCUUGGACAUGGGUUGGCUGACCGACAGAUUUGUCGAGUCGUCGCGCCUUCUUAACAUACGGUCAAGUUUCUCGAUACGACAGCUUCAAUCACGUCGCUGCGUCAUCGUGGGCCAUGUCCGCCAUGUAUGGUCUGUUUGCCAAUUUGGACUGAUGUGGGAGAAAAGCCACGGAGCAACAGGCAACACUUUUUCACAUUACAUUCGCAACUUGCUUUCCAAUGAGUUGUACUUGAUCUGAUGUUUUCAUUAUUGUACAUACACAUGGGGGAUCUGUACAGCAACAGACAAAAGAACGGGAUUUCGUUCAAGGUGGGAGGACACUGGGGCGGCUCGACCCUCCGAACUCUUCUUCCGCCUCCUGUGCUUUUGGCUUAUGCGUCACACGAACAUAUACGAGGUAUCGGGUGGGAAGGCUUCGUGGAUUCAACGGAAAUAGAUUGAGGGGCGUUGAUAGCGUUCUUGGUGCGGAGGCAAUAUGGCGAUGUAAAUGUCAUUGAUUCCACUGGGCACUGGAUCUUGAGCUCGUAAUUGGAAUGACAAUUGCAUUGCGGGGCCAUGAUAGUGUUUUAUGAUAGCAUAAUCGACAUGAGAAUUCUCGUGGUUAUA